GGAGGAGAGGAUGCUGCUGCUGGGGGCCCGCGGAUGAUGCGCUCUGAGGAAUCACCGCCAUUACAUCAUCCUUUCCCCGGUAGAGAGCCGCCUAACCACCGCCUCUAACCGGAACCACGGCCCGUUUGGACCGAGCGGUUAUUAAAACGGCGCUUCGAUGUAAGCAGCUGUGGGGGAGGGGGGAGAGCAGGAGAGGCGUCAUCAGCAUCUGUCCUCCAGCUCCCUUUGUUUGCGCCGUAGAGCGUGAAUGGCGAGAGAUGACAUGGCAGAGGUAGAGCUGGCCGGAGCGGCGCGCGCCUCCCCGGCCUCCACCUACGAGGAGUACGAAUGCAAAAUCUGCUACAACUACUUCGACCUUGACCGGCGCGCGCCCAAGAUCCUGGAGUGUUUGCACACCUUCUGCGAGGAGUGCCUGAACACGCUGCACCUCCGGGAGGAGCGGCCGUGGCGCGUCAGCUGCCCGGUGUGCCGCCACCGGACGCCCGUCCCGGACUACCGGAUCCAGAACCUGCCCAACAACACCAAGGUGACGGAGGAUUUCCCGCUCUACAUCGACUCGGACCCGCUGCCGCAGGACGCGCUGCCGCCCUACCCUCCGCCGCUGCACCCCGCUCUGGUGGCGCUCCGCCGGGAGGAGGCGUCCGGCGCCGGCCAGGCGACCCCCUCCACCACGGUGUCCACGGCCACGACCCUCUCCCAGGACUCGGUGCGCUACGACAGCUGUCAGAGCUGCAAGCGCGUGGCGCUGACCACCGGCUGCGUGUGCGUCAUCUUCUCCUUCCUGUCCAUGCUGGUGCUGCUGUUCAUGGGCCUCAUCUUCGUGCACAGCCACAGCAUCCCCCCCUCCCCGGCCGGACCCAUCUGCCUGUCGGUGGCCAGCAUCCUGGCCAUGUUCUCGGUGGUGGUCACGUGGCUCAUCUGCUGGCUCAAAUACAGACCUGACCACGAGACGGGGCGCGCGUCCGCCACCAGUAACUCCAGGAGGAACGCCUGAUUGGCUGCUGGCUGUGUGUGUGUGUGUGUGUGUUUGUGCGCGCGCGCGCGUGACCAUGAUCCUCCCUUUACCUUUUUAGGGGGAAUCUGGUCCAGAAUGGCCUUCUACCAGUAUAGCAAACACCCAAAGGCCUUCAUGUUGUUUGGAGCAAUAUAGGCCAACUGACCCUUGAUAAUCUUUUCCUAAACUGAUGCACUUGACUUUGAGGGGGGGGGCUGACUGGAUGGUGGACUCUAAACUUUGCUGGGGGUGUAUUUGGUUUGAUAAAUGAACAUGAAGUGCUUAGAUCCGCGUUUUAAACCCUUUUCAUUCACUGUCCAGCUAUAUAAUAUGCACCCCCCCCCCCACCACAUUAUGACAGUCACUGUAUGAAAAAUGUCCACAAUGUUUCACUCAUAUCUCCAAAAAAAGCACCCUUUUUUUGUACAGAUAUGCUGAAUUUUGGUUUUGAUGGAGGUUUAGUGUGUUUAUGUGGUGAAACUUUAAAGGAAAAAUCCGAUCAGCGAGGAAGAAUCAAUGGAUCAUUAUUUAUACUGAAAACUGAUUAAUUUAGUGUUAAUCAGUAAAAACAGUCUGGGAGCGGCCAUUUUUGCCCAA